GGUGUGAGAUAUAUAUCUCUUUUCCUGCUUCCGUUACGUGAGGUGGUAUCAGAGCCUUGAUUUACCCUGGUUUGAUGUUGAAUGAUUGUUUCGGCAGCAACCGCUUUGCCGAAGAAGAUCGCAAAGGCAGUCAUUCAUACUUAAGAAAAACAGUUUAGACAAAUAGCUAGUCUUGGGAUUUGUGGCAACCAGGUUCGUGAUCCUGUUCGGGUUCGUGCUAGAGAUUUUUCUCGCGGUCAACUGAACAUGGGUGUAAAUCCACGGAGGCCUCCAGCCUAUGCGAAUUAUUCCGAUAAUGAGGAGUUAGGAAGAUUCGGGAUGGAUUGGUGUGACCGAGCUAGGCCAGACAAAAACCAAACAUAUCUGAACACUCAUGAUUGUUACAUGAAGAUUGAUCUUCCCAGUUUCAGUAGAUAUCUUCAUAUUGAGGAUUUUUCAGACUGGCUGAACGAUGUUGAGCGUUUUUUCGAGUAUAUGGAGAUACCCGAAGACAAGUAGGUUAAGCUUGUACAAUACAAGCUUCAAGGAGGUGCUACAUCCUGGUGGCCCGCUGGGAACAAAGUCAAAGACACCGGAGAUGGCUCAGAAAGCAACCUGCCCAAAUGUGGCACAAGAUGAAGAAAUUAUUGAUGGCCAGAUUUCUCCCACAAGAGUAUGAAGAGAUCUCGCACCACCAAUAUCAAAAUUGCAUGCAAAGACGCAAAUGAUGAUGAGGAACACUUGCGACAGCCGGCGAUGGUUUACGAGUCGUACUGAUGCAGUUAAUGAUGCAACCAAUGUUGAGAGUAAUGCCUUUUCUACUAAUGCAGCUGGUAAUGCCUUUUCUACUAAUGUAUCUGGUAAUGCAAUCCACGGUGAAGGCCCAGGAAUCCUUCAUCGUAUGGUGCGUGCCAUUUACAUCAAGGAAGGAAAUUUUCCAAACAUUGACAAUUUUAUUGCAAGUUCUGUAUCUUUUAUCAACGAAGGAAAUUUUAAAAGCAUCCACAAUUGCAUCCCCAAUUUAGUCCUUUUUUGUGGACCCCAACAACUUUUUUUCGAACAGAAGCACAACAUUAUAUUAGAAAAUUAUGGGUUGUUCAAAAAGGGCAACACUGAUUGGCAUGUGGCUGGGGUUUCCAAGACCAGAUAUAUCUCGAUAAAUGACUUCAUGUGGUUGGUACUCUGGAUUCCUAAAAAGUACAAAAAAAGGAUUUAUAAUUACCUGUUUAAGCAGCAAAUUUAUGUUUUGGAGAGUUCUCCAAUGACACUAUUAAAAUACUCAGUACUCUGUUCUUGGAGAGCACCAUUCGAUGGACAGUACAAGUUAAAUGUUUCUGUGUUUUUUAAGAAAAAUCUUGGUGGGACCAAGGAAGCUUGUUGUGGAGAAGUAUUAAGAGAUUGUAGGGGAAGGAUUUUGGAAAUUUUCUAUAAGCCAUUUCCUGAUGCAACAUCUAGAGAUGAAGUAUUGUUACUUGGAGUGCUUCAUGGGAUAGAUGAAAUUCUUAAAAGGAGAUUGGAAGCAAAGGAUAUAUUAUUGGAGAUUAACCAUAAAAAAAUUGUCAAGGUGCUAAAUCGUGAGAACGAUAUACCAAUUGAAUGUCUUGGACUUUAUCACAAAAUUUUUGGUUCGUUAGAAUUUGAUAAAUAUGAAAUAUCGUUUCAAUAUUUUCAAGGAAACACGGUAGCUAAUAGAGUUGCGUAUAUAGCUUCGCAUCUGACCGUGGGACAGAGUUUUCCCAUAGGCGAUAGAGGUUUUGAAACAGAAGUCAGGCAUGAUCGAUUGAAUAUUCCGCGAUAUGAGAUCAUCCCGAAAGAAUCGUCUGAUGAGGAAUUUGAAGUUUUAGGGGCACCAUGGUAUUUGCUGUCAGUGGACUGGUAUGUAUCGUGCUGGAAAUCAUAUUGCAAAAAAGAUUUUAGCCCUACAAAAUGCCUUCUUAAUUAUUUGGAAAACUGGAAUGUGACGCUCUUGACCAUGACGAGGAUUGCAAGAAUUGGGCCAAUAGUACAAACGUUUUUAAGAGUUGGAUCCUGACAAUCAUGAUCACUUUCAAGUAUGUAAUAUUUUAAAAAUGCAGUGACAAAAAGUGGUCUCCUCAAAGUUUCUUGAAAAGUCGGUUGGGUUUCCAAAACUUUAGGAAUGUUUUCUCCAAUUUUUAUUACUGGUAUCCACAAACAACGAGGUUGUCUUUAUUUCAUUAUUAGCAAUUAGCAUCAGUUCUGUAUCCAUUUUGAAAGUAAUAAUUCUCGUUCCAUAAAACUUAAAUGUGGAACGUACCAAUGUAAAUUUAUCAUAUUAGGUGCAUCCAGCAUGAAUAAUCGGCUAAUUAUUUGUUUGUACCUUAUCAUCAUCGAAUGAAAUGAUUAUAUGUGUUUGGAUGUCU